AUGGCACAAAUAACAUCUGGAUAUAAAGUGUCAAAAGAAAGAUUAGAAGAGUUGGUCGAAGUCAAAGGGAAAGCAAUGACUACAAGAUUAUCUCCGAUAGAUUUGGAGACUACACAGUUAGGCUUUGCUAACCAAGAAGAGUUUGAAGUAUUGACUGUUGACACUCUAAUAGAGACAGAUUGGAGGAGUCCAAUUAUCAAAUAUGUCAGAGACACUUCGACGGACACAGAAAGAAAGAUCAAGUACAGAGCAUUGUCUUAUUUAUUAAUGGGGAAUGAACUAUUCAAGAAAACCCCUGAGGGAAUCUUGUUGAAAUGCUUAGGUGAAAGUGAAGCAUAUUUGGCGCUAUCUGGUGUCCAUAGUGGAGUCUGUGGAGCCCAUCAAGCAGGCCACAAAAUGAAAUGGUUGGUGUUUCGUUAUGGAAUGUAUUGGCCCACUAUGUUGAAAGAUUGUAUAGAGUUUGCUAAGGGAUGUCAAGAGUGUCAAAUGCAUGCAAGUGUCCAACAUGCUCCUCCAAGCAAACUUCAUUCGAUUAUCAAGCCAUGGCUGUUUAGAGGCUGGACAUUAGACUUAAUUGAAGAGAUUCGACCUAUUUCAUCCAAAGGUCAAAGAUACAUCCUGAUAGGAAUAGAUUACUUUACAAAAUGA